AUGGUCAAAAGAAGAGCGACCGACAAACCUGAAGGAGCUCUACCCGUAAAGCGGAAGUCCCGGACGGGAACACCUGCGUCCGUUCCUGGUCCCGGUCACGCCGUCGCUCCUGGUGCUAGCACUAGGUCGAAGAGGCGGGCGACCGAGGAUCCGGACGGGGCAAAGCUGCCGCACGCUGAGAACACACGCCGGCCGGCCUCUGGGUUUUCCCUACCUCUCCCUCAUCCUCCGCCUCCCCCUGCCCCUGCCCCUGCCCCUUCCCCUUAUCCCACGGCCUUGACCUCAUUGCGCGACAAGGGCCUGGUCAAGCGAGCUGAAGAGCUCGUUGUGGCCGCCCAAGAUUGCUGGCGGAAGGGAGAUGAUGUGGCUGUCGCACGGCUAGCAGACGAGAUCCGGCUGAUAAAGAAGAUAGCCGAUACGCGGACGGAUCUGGCGAAGCCGAAGAAGACGAAGGUGCUCGGAGCCUUCAGGCAGAUCCUGACCUGGAAGACAGGGCUGUCAACCGUCCGUCCCGUCCGUCUUUGA